AUGGUAUUCCAUGCCCUCAAAGAGUCAUGGACACUGCUCACUCCCACAGAGAAGAGAAAUGUCACCAUUUACAUUGCCGGUAUAAUAUUGUACAAGUUUGGACUCGAAGCUUUCAACGGCUCAAUCGUCGCCCUAGCCACCAACAAGUACGACUAUGAAGCCUGGCUCACCGACAGCACCCCUAAGACCUUUGAGCGUGUUGGUUUGUUGACCGGGCUCAAUCAAGCCUUCCAGCGCGUUGGUUCCAUCUUGAUUGCUCCUCUCAUCAAACGUUGGCUUACCAAGCUCGUCCUUUCCUGCGCGAUAUUGGUGUUCAGCGUCAUGACUGCCAUUCUUCUCAUCGUGGACGCUGGUACCGGAGGGCGCUUCAAGCCUGAUAAUUGGUCAGAUAACCACGACGAAGACGACUUUGGGUACUACGGUAGCUACAAUGCCAACGGUAUCAUCCCUAUCUACUGCGUCAGUGGCAUCGCCCAUGGAAUGGUUGAGUUGAUCUGUCGUGUCAUUCCUCGAGACAUUGUUGGAGGCAAUGUCCAGAAUCUUCGACGCAUGGACGCGCUCGUUCAUAUCUUCUAUGAAAUCUCCGGGACCGCCGGCGCCUUCUGCACAGCCUUGGCUUUGAUCCCUUCCUUUGGCAACAACUACUCUUUCCUCAUCACGCCUAUCUUCUUCGCUGUAGCUUCCAUUGUAUGGUUCUUCAUUUCUAAUCUCAACUACCGGAAACCGUUGAAGGAAGGCGGCAACUACCUCCUGGCGGUCGGCAUGGGCUUCUGGCUUUCUUUGAAUCUAUCUGGACUGGUUUCAAGAUCAUUUUCAGUUCUCCCAAAUUCAUCUGGCUUUUGCCAGGCUACUCCUUUGCCUUAUAUGGUCACCGAUAUCUCGAAAAUGGUAUUGCGCCCGCUGUGGCCCGACGGUAUUUAG